AUGACGACGGCAGCGCGGCCGACAUGGGCGCCGGCAAAGGGAGGCGAGGAGCAGGGCGGGUCGCGCAUAUUCGGGCCGAGUCAGAAGUACUCCGCUAGAGAUGUCGCCAGCCACACGAGCCUCAAACCCAGGAGGGAGGGGCAGGUGACGAAGGAGGAGGUGAAGCGGCGGGACCUGCGGGGGGAGCUGGAGGAGCGUGAGAGGCGGCACUUCGCCGCAAAGGACAGGGAGCAGCAGCUGCGCACCGACGACCGCAAACGAACCUCUGGCUUGUUGUUACCAGGUGGGGGGGCGUUGGGAGGGCGGAAGGAGGUGGAGGAGCGGUUGAUACCCCGAGCAGCGGAUGCAGACGACUCCGAUGGGGAGGACAGGCGGGGAGGCGGGGGUGAUGACGAGGAUGAUGACGAUGAUGACGAGGACGAUGACGAGGAUGACACCAUGGAGUUGCUUGCUGAGCUGGAGAGAAUCAAGAAGGAGCGAGCCGAGGAGAAGCUGCGCAAGGAGAAGGAGCAGGCGGAGCAGGAGGCGAAGGCGAGAGAGAAGGAGAUGGCACGCGGCAACCCCAUCAUGGCUGCUGGGGGCUCCGCCUUUGCUGUCAAGCGCAGGUGGGACGACGACGUGGUGUUCCGCAACCAGGCCAAGGACGAGCAGAAGCCCACCAAGCGAUUCAUCAACGACACCAUUCGCAGCGACUUCCACCGCCGCUUCCUCAACAAGUACAUGAAGUAA